AUGUCCUUCCUCGGAUCCGACCGCAGCCGCAAAGGGCGCGGAAGGUCCAAGUCACCAUCUGGCCGUGAUGGACGAGACCGCUCACGUUCUCGCGGCAAUGUGCGCGCUCCAGAGGCGCCAGAACCACCUGCUGCGGUGCCGAGGUCGGCAUCUUAUGGAUAUCCGCCAACUUCCUCCACCAUGCCCGGAGCUGUCCAAGAUGGAGUCACUUCGCCCGCGUAUGAUGUGAGAGCACCGCAAAAGGCCCAGAGCAACUACUAUCCACAGCCCAGCGGACCGCCUCUGCCAUAUGGACCGGGCGCUACCGCGAUGCCGUCUAUGCCAUACCCGGAGGAGGAUGGCGGUUUUACCAUGGGAGCAUACACUGAUCUGCCUCCGCAUGAGCGACCGGGAUAUGAUCCCAGGCUAGGCUAUGUUCCGCAUCCGGGCCAACGUGGACAGAGAGACAGCAGUAGCAGCGAUGAAGACCUGGCGUAUGGAGCAGACACAUCCAGGCGAGACGACCGAUCUCGUCAAACAUCUUCAUCCAACAGGUACAAAUACACCCCAGACAAUGUGAGAAAUCCAUCCGGACAGUUUGAGUAUGCCAAGGCUCCCGAGAAGAUCCAAUACAAGCCAUCAGCUGGUCAAGGCCCAAAGUCGCCGGCGUCAUACUCAUCUCAGCCAUACGGGCAGCCACCGCAGCAGCCGCUGAACUACUCAUCCAACACAUAUGGCCGCCCAGAACCCCUGCCAAGGACUUUCUCCAAUGGACAGCCUUCUCACAGAUAUUCACAAAGUGGGUACGAUAACGGAGCGCAAGUCGUGGACAUCACGCCCGGCGGAGGAAGAGGUAAGCUUGAUCGCCACAACUCUUCUUCCGAAAGAGUGACUCGCCUGUCUACCCCCGAACCACACGGACGGCAGCAUUCUGCCUCGUUAUCUGCACCAGGACUUGGACCUAGAAUGGACAGGCUUUCCGUGAGUGGUAACCGGCCAGAUCUGUCAGGACUGGGAGGCGGUAUGCCACCACCAAGUCCUUUGCUUGAAGCGUACCACGGAACCUAUCAGUCCAUCUCCCCACUGCCCUUCGACAUCCGCGGAAACGACGACCUCUCAGACAUGGACGAUCUCGACCUCAACUCUGGCUACGCACGCGCCGGCCAGCAAAGAAACGACAGACUCGCCCAGGACCUCCGGGCACAGGAGAAGAAGGCAAAGAAAAGUGUAAAGCUCUACGACCCAGAAGAAGACGCCAAAACCAUCGCCUCAGCCCUAUCCCACCACAAAGUCGACGCAGACGCAAUCUGCGACACACUCCCUCGCCUCUCCCACGAUCAAAUCGUCACGAUGCGCAAAGAAUACAAGAAACAGGUCAAGGUCCAGGGCAAAGGCGUCAACCUCUCCAAGCACAUCAACAUGAAACUCUCCGGCAACUUCGGCAAAGCCGUUUAUGUCACCGCCCUAGGCCGCUGGGAAAGCGAAGGCUACUGGGCAAACUUCUUCUACCAAUCCCACGGCUCCCGGCGAGAACUCCUCAUCGAAUCCCUCAUGGGCCGCACCAAUGCUGAGAUUCGCAUGAUCAAGGACGAGUUCAAGGAUAAACGCUACAGCGACAGCUUAAUGAAAUGCAUGGAGAAGGAACUCAAGAUGGACAAGUUCCGCACGGCGAUCCUCAUGGCUCUUGAAGAGCGACGACAAGAGGAACAGGACGUCUAUCCGCAGGAAUACGUCCUCCGCGACGUGGAUAUGCUCUACCGCUCCGUGACAGCGCAGAAGGGAGGCGAGAGCCCCAUGCUGGAGAUUAUAGUCCGGCGAAGCGACGCACACCUUAAGGAAGUCCUCCGCAUGUACGAGGGCAUGUACAAAGAAAACUUCGCCCGCACCGCCCUCCGGAAAUCCAACAACCUCGUCGGCGAGAUCAUAGCCCACAUCCUCAACGGCGUGAUCAAUCGUCCCGCACGCGACGCCCUCCUCCUCCAACACGCGAUCAAAGACAUCGCCGACCGCAACCGCGACGACGAACUCCGGUACGAAUUGCUCGUGUCAAGACUUGUGCGGAUCCAUUGGGAUAAAGCGCAUUUGCAGAGGGUCAAGAAGGAGUAUUGGGAGAAGUAUAGAAGUACGCUGGAGGAUGCGAUUGAGGAGGCGAUGAAGGGGGACUUUAGGGAAUUUAUGUGUGAGUUGUGUGAGACGAAGUGA